UUCAGUUUUUCUUCUUAUUUCACAAACAGAAAAAAUGGUUUACUCAACUUCAUCAUCGUCCAUCAGGAAUCGGCAAAGAACUGACGAAGAGGUGUACGAAUACGAUGGUGGUGACCGGUACUGUAGAUGCUAUUCAAACCCAAUUGCUCGAGUUUAUACUUCAUGGACUGAAAAAAAUCCUGGGCGAAGGUUCUAUGGAUGUCGAAGUUAUAAGAGAGGUGGUGGCUGUGAUUUUUUCGAGUGGUUUGAGGAGCCUAUGAGUGAUAGAGCCAAAACUGUAAUCAACGGUCUCAUUCCCCGAAGGAGUUUGAAGAUUGCAGAGGAAAGAAGAAAUGCUGAGGUGAUUUCUGCAAGGAAGAAAAUGAAGAUUGCAUACACUAUUGCUGCUAUCUCAUGUUUAUGA